GUUGAUUUUAGACGAGGCUACUGAAUGCCAUUGGGAACACUCGCUCUCUCUAUCAGUGAUUUCACUCUUGCUGCAUGGUUACUGGAGAUCAAAAUGAGGCUGAGCAUGUUGUGGGGGAAUCCUAAGCCCCUCCCCCUCUACUGAUGUAUGAAGGGAGUGGCUCCGCCUCCACUACUGCAGCUAAGAGAUCCCCAGGCCCCGCCCCCUGUGCAUGUCUUCCUGCUCUGAUUAGAGAGUCUGUCUCCUAGCACUCGUCCCCUCUCUCUCUCCAUCUGUCCCGUGAGCAGACGGACGGUCGGCAGCAUGUCGGACUCCAGCGCAGCUUCAGCACAGACCCAAAGCAAAACUAAACCCUGCAAGAGAGGCAGUUUACACAGCAGGACCAGCCCGGAUCUGUGUGGCUUCGCUGACGCGAGGCCUUUGAUGUCCCAGCGCUCUCUGCCCGGCACACCAGUCACCCACAAACACCUGCCUAUCGACCUGCGCACAUCCAUGGACGGCAAAUACAAGGAGAUCGCUGAGGAGCUGCUGGCGAGGAGUCUAACGGACAGCGACAUGCGUUGCGCUCCGUACGAGUUUCCUGAAGAGAGUCCUAUUGAACAGCUGGAGGAGAAACGCCACCGUCUGGAGCGACAGAUCAGUCAAGACGUCAAGCUUGAGCCUGAGAUUCUGCUGCGGGCGAAACAAGACUUCAUGAAAAUAGACAGCGCCACAGACCUGGAGUAUCUGAAGGACAGUCAUGUGGACCAGCUGUACAUGCAUCAUAUGGAGACACUUGUGGAGAAAAACUUCCAGCGCGUGUCCAUCUCAGGAGAGGAGAAGUGUGGGGUGCCCUUCACGGAUCUGGUGGACGCAGCGAAGUGUGUCGUAAAGGCCUUGUUUAUCAGAGAGAAGUACAUGGUUCAGUCUCUGCAGACCUUCUAUAAAACCACGGGACGAUCCCUGCAGGAGCUGAGCCAGAGACCGCUGGACGACGACAUGUACAAGGACCUUCACGAGAGUCCCGGAGACUCAGACAUGUCCGUUCACGCGCCGGUGUCAGAAACACACCCAUACGAGGGACAGGACAUGAAGAACCUGCCACCGGACGCCGGAUACAGCUGCAAGAUGGUGGACGGGGUCAUUCACGUCUACACCGCACAAAGCCCCAUGGACAAGAGCACCGAGCUGGACCUGCCGUAUCCAGACCUGCAGGAGUACAUCGCCGACAUGAACGUGAUGAUGGCGCUCAUCAUCAACGGCCCUGUGAAGUCGUUCUGCUACCGGCGGCUGCAGUAUCUGAGCUCUAAGUUUCAGAUGCACGUCCUGCUGAACGAGAUGAAGGAGCUCGCCGCGCAGAAGAAGGUGCCGCACAGAGACUUCUACAACAUACGCAAGGUGGACACGCACAUCCACGCCUCGUCCUGCAUGAACCAGAAGCACCUGCUGCGCUUCAUCAAGAGCUCGGUGAAGAAGUACCCGGACGAGAUCGUGCGCGUGCAGGACGGCCGAGGACAGACCAUGAUGGAGGUGUUCGAGAACAUGAACCUGACGGCGUACGACCUGAGCGUGGACACGCUGGAGAUGCACGCGGACAGGAACACCUUCCACCGCUUCGACAAGUUCAACUCUAAAUACAACCCCAUCGGAGAGUCCAUCUUCAGAGAGAUCUUCAUCAAGACGGACAACCACAUCCAGGGGAAGUACUUCGGACACAUCGUCAAGGAAGUGAUGUCAGACCUGGAGGAGAGCAAGUAUCAGAACGCUGAGCUGCGUCUGUCCAUCUACGGCCGAUCCAUGGACGAGUGGGACAAACUGGCUCUGUGGGCCGUCUCUCACUCCGUCUACUCCGACAACGUGCGCUGGCUCGUGCAGAUCCCACGACUCUUUGAUGUUUACCGCACUAAGCAGCAUCUGAGUAACUUCCAGCAGAUGCUGGAGAACAUCUUCCUGCCGCUGUUCGAGGUCACCAUCAAUCCCAGCAGCCACCCGCAGCUGCACCUGUUCCUGCAGCACGUGGUGGGAUUCGACAGCGUGGAUGACGAGUCCAAACCGGAGAGUCACGUCUUCAACCUGGACAGUCCGUCUCCGGCGCGCUGGUGUGACGACGACAACCCGCCGUACUCGUACUACCUGUACUACAUGUACGUCAACAUGACCGUGCUCAACCACCUGCGCAGGAGGCGGGGCUUCAACACCUUCGUGCUGCGACCUCACUGCGGGGAGGCGGGGCCUAUCCAUCACCUGGUGUCCGGAUUCAUGCUGUCGGAAAACAUCUCGCACGGACUGCUGCUCAGGAAGGCUCCGGUCCUGCAGUAUCUGUAUUAUCUGGCUCAGGUGGGCAUCGCCAUGUCUCCGCUCAGCAACAACAGUCUGUUUCUGAGUUAUCAUCGCAACCCUCUGCCCGAGUAUCUGUCCCGCGGCCUGAUGGUGUCUCUGUCCACCGACGACCCGCUGCAGUUCCACUUCACUAAGGAGCCUCUGAUGGAGGAGUACAGCAUCGCCGCUCAGGUGUGGAAACUGAGCUCAUGUGACAUGUGUGAACUCGCCAGAAACAGUGUGUUAAUGAGCGGCUUCUCACACAAGAGUAAGAGUCAUUGGCUGGGUCCUGAUUACACUAAAGAGGGUCCCGUCAGUAAUGACAUCUGGCGCACAAACGUCCCAGACAUCCGCGUGGGGUAUCGAUACGAGACUCUGUGUGAAGAGCUGCACCUGAUCACGCAGGCCAUCCGAACACAGGAGCUGGACAGAAUCGAGGAGGAGGAGGGGCUGUCAUUCACGUCCAGCCAAUCAACAAACUAGAGAUGAGCCCUGACCCCACCCACACACCACCUGUCCAAUCAACACACUCAAGAUCUGAUCUGACCCCGCCCACACACCACCUGUCCAAUCAACACACUCGAGAUCUGAUCCUCCUACAUUCCACCUGUCCAAUCAACACGCUUGAGAUCUGAUCUGACCCCACCCACACACCACCUGUCCAAUCAACACGCUUGAGAUCUGAUCUGACCCCGCCCACACACCACCUGUCCAAUCAACACGCUUGAGAUCUGAUCUGACCCCGCCCACACACCACCUGUCUCAUCAACAUGCUCGAGAUCUGAUCUGACCCGCCUACAUUCCACUUGUCCAAUCAAAACGCUUAAGAUGUGGUCUGACCCCGCCCACAUGUCAUCUGUCCAAUCAACACGCUUGAGAUCUGAUUUGACCCCACCCACACAACACCUGUCCAAUCAACAGGCUUGAGAUCUAAUCUGACCCCACCCACACACCACCUGUUGAAUCCACACACUCAAGAUCUGAUCUGACCCCGCCCACACACCACCUGUCCAAUCAACACACUCAAGAUCUUAUAUCACCUGUCCAAUCAACAUGCUUGAGAUCUGAUCUGACCCCUCCCACACACCACCUGUCCAAUCAACAAGCUUGAGAUCUGAUCUGACCUGCCUACAUUUCACUUGUCCAAUCAAAACGCUCAAGAUCUGAUCUGACCCCGCCCACAUAUCGCCCAUUCAAUCAGCAAGCUCAAGAUUCGAUCUGACCCCACCCACACACCACCUGUCCUUCCUUUCCUCUCAUGUUGCUGCAUGUUUAGAGACGUUUUAGCCAUGCAUCGCUAUUGUACGACGUUACACCUCCAUCAGGACGUCACGCUCCCGCACGUGCCUUUACUGUAGAGACUUUUAUUUUGAAGGCUUUAUUUGAUGUGUCUGUGAUUAAAAAAACCUAAUCCUAAAUACAAUUAUUAACUUAAAUCUAAAUGUAAAACUAAACUGAAAUAAUUCAAGUUUUUUUUAAAUACUAUAUUAACACCAGUUAAUAUAAGAAACAAUUAUAUCAAUAUUAUGAUAGUAAUAUAUUUUAAAUGAUAGAUUUUAAUAUAUUGAUAAUAAUAUUAUAAUAAAUAUAGUUAGUUUUAAAAUGUUUCUGUAAAAAAGACCUAAAAACUAUAGUUCUAUAUUACAUUAAUAUUUAGUUUUUACCAUUAAAGUUGAAAACUAAAUAUAAUUUACACCAUUAUACAUAUUUAUAUCCAUAAUGAUAUAAAGUCUAUAUUAUUAAAUUGUAAUAUUAAUUAUAAUAUGUUUUCAACAUUAAUAUGUUAAAAACGAUAUGUAAUAAUGCUAUUCAUAUAGUAUUAUAAAUAAAAUGAUUAUAUAUGCUAUUAUAUGAAUAGUAGCCCCCCCCCCCCCCCCCCUUAUGUCUUUUGCUUUAGCUACUGUUUGACGGUUUAUUUUGGGAUUAGAAUUCACUGUGAACACAUCUUUCAAUCUUUUGUUCAUUUAUCCGUUAUAUUUUCUCGUCAAUUUAAAGGGUUUAUGUUGUCUGAAGGCUGAACUGUUCAGAAGUGAAUGUGCUCCAGUCCUGCAGGAGGCGCAGUUGAGACAAAACCUCUGUUUGUUUUACUAAUAUUAAACCUACUGAACUCACCAAACCUUCCGUUUCUGUGAUGUUUACAAAGUAGUUUAUUUAACAUAUCUUAUACGCUCGACAUUGAUGUUAGUUUUGAGUUUGUAGCAUUUUCCGAUCCAGCAUGUGUUCGGUAGAUUGAGUUGACGCUAUACUGACUGUUAAUCGCCAUACAGUGACACUGAACUAAUAAAUAACACCAAACGUGACUCAAAAAAAAGCCUAAUUUAUAGAAACUAGCACAUAAAUCCAGAGCAGAGCAUGACGCACAACAUGCUAGAAAGCAAGUGAUAAUGAAUAGCUGUACGAAAUGUAUCUAUUUUUUGUGAGAAUGAGUGUUUGUUGAUUUUAAUAAAGCAUGUGUUUAAUCUCA